AUGGAGAAAGACCCAUUUACUUGGGUCGAUGUCGAGGACCACAAGGACGGACACCGAAUGGACAAAUGGAUUGAGCUCGACAUUCUCAGAAGACUUGAAAACCUGGAAAAAGAGGUCAGUGGCUUCAGGCAAGAAAAGCCGAUCAACCGAGAAGACCACUCCCUUGUUCGACAAGUGGAAAUUCUUGAUGAAGAGGACAGCCUAUGUCACUCCGUUUCUGAAAUCGAUUGGCUUAAAAAAUAG